ACCGCCUCUCCCUGGGAAGGGGGAGCAAGUUGACAGAUGAGCCUGAGGAGGUCGCUGGUCGGCCUCAUCUUCUGUACCUGCUACCUGGCUUCUUACCUGGUGAACAAGUAUGUCCUGUCUGUCCUGAAAUUUACCUACCCUACAUUAUUCCAAGGGUGGCAGACACUGAUGGGUGGACUUUUGCUUCAUGUGUCAUGGAAACUGGGCUGGGUGGAGAUCAACAGCAGCUUGAGAUCUGAUGUUUCAACAUGGCUUCCUGCAUCCGUGCUGUUUGUGGGUGUAAUCUAUGCUGGGUCCAGAGCCUUGUCCCGACUGGCCAUUCCUGUGUUUUUCAUUUUGCACAACGUAGCCGAAGCGUUCGUCUGUGUGUACCGGAAGUGUUUCUGGAAAGAGAAAACAUCUCUUGCAAAGAUCUGUAGUACUCUCUUCCUCUUGGCCGCUGCGGGGUGCCUUCCCUUCAACGACUCUCAGUAUGAUCCAGAUGGAUAUUUUUGGGCUGCAGUUCAUGUAUUUUGUAUAGGGGCUUACAAAGUACUCAGGAAGUCACAGAAGCACAAUGCAUUAAGCGACAUUGACCAACAGUAUUUAAACUAUAUAUUCAGUGUGGCGCUCCUGGCUUCUGCAUCUCAUCCCACAGGUGAUCUGCUCGGCGUCUUGGACUUCCCGUUCCUGUAUUCCUCCAGGUUCCACGGCGGCUGCUGCGCCAGUGGAUUUUUGGGAUUCUUCCUCAUGCUCAGUACAGUGAAGCUGAAAAGCCUUCUGGCCCCAGGGCAGUGUGCGGCCUGGAUUUUCCUUGCGAAGGUCACCACAGCUGGCUUGUCACUGUUGCUGUUUGAUGUGAUCCUGACCCGCACAACCAUGGGAUGCCUCCUGCUUGGCUUACUUGGAGAGGCCUUGCUGGUCUUGUCUGAGCCGAAGAGCUCCUGAGGAAGAUGGGAAGAAGGUCGCCCCUGGAGAGAGUACACAGCACCCUGAACUCCCCAUUGAGAGCAUCCGGAAGAAGGACAGCGAGACCAAUCUGGGGUGUCAGGAUGGGCAGAGCCCGUGGUCUUGUGUCAUCUGCCCGAGCUAACCGUGGUGGUGCUGAUGGUGGUCUUCUAGACUGGUGCAGAGCAAUGGACCAUCUUAGACUGUCUCUCCCUAGGCAUGUGCCCCAUGGUAUAGAAACUGGAAGUAGAAGGUUCUAUCCAGACAGCUCUGUUUGCCUGGAUGGACCCUAAUAGCCUCUGAAUUCUGAAUGCCUUUCGCCAAACCCUACCUUGAAUCUGAGGUCUCUGCCCAAGGAGGGUUGUGAUUUUUCGUGGUGUUUUGCAUUUUUACGUCAUGGAGUCUCCUCCGGCUUGCCUGGAGCUCACCCCUCCCUCAGUGUCCGCACAGAGCCAUUCUUCUGACCUCUGCCUGGGGCAGGGCCAACGUGGAUAUUGAGUGUGCGUCUGGGCCAAUGUAGGAUGCAAGCAAAAACCUUGUUUGUUGAGUGCGUGUUGUCUUUUGUGGGCAAUGUUAUUUUUUUAAUUCCAGCUUCUAGACUUCUCUUGGUUCUUGUAAAGUGACCAGUAUGUGCCAAUUGUUUUUUAAAUUAUUUAUUUGCAAGGAGAGAAAGAGAAUGGGCACACCAAGGUUUCUUGCCACUGCAAGCAAACUCCAGGUACAUGCACCACUUUGUGCAUCUGGCUUUACAUGGUUACUGGGGAAUCAAACCCAGGCCAUCAGACUUUGCAAGCACGAGCCUUUGACCACUGAGUCAUCUCUCCAUCUCUCUCUGUAUGUUACUUUGACUAAGAUUAUACAGGCUAAGCUGGUGACUUAAUGGUUACAAGAAGUGUGCGUGUGUGUGUGUG